UUUUGGAGAAGUCCCGUAUAUAAAAAUGGAUCCAGUAACGAACCAGAAACGAUAUCAACCAUCGUCGUCGUCGUCAUCAUCAAAAGCAGCAAUGGAAAACAACAAUGGUAAUGAAAUCCAAGAAGCAAACAUCACGUUAUUGCCGGAAGGCUGCAUAGCCAACGUCGUCUCCUUUACAACUCCUCGCGACGCUUGCUCUCUCUCUUUAGUCUCUUCUCUGUUCAAGAACGCAUCUCUAUCCGACACCGUUUGGGACAGUUUCUUGCCUCCCGAUUAUCACGCUAUUAUCUCUCAAUCCUCCGAUCCUUCUCUCUUAUCCUCUUCCUCCUCCAAGAAACACCUCUUUGGCAGUCUCUGUCAAAAACCUAUCCUCAUCGAUCACGGCAAAAAGAGUUUUGCAUUGGAUAAAUGGAGUGGAAAGAAGUGUUAUAUGCUGUCUGCAAGAGAUCUCAACAUUACCUGGGGUUCUACUCCUACCUACUGGAAGUGGAAUUCUGACCCUCAUUCCAGAUUUGGAGAGGUAGCCGAACUUCUCAACGUGUGCUGGCUAGAAAUCACUGGCAAAAUUAGUACAAAUUUGCUGUCUCCAUCGACGUUGUACUCAGCUUACUUGGUUUUCAAGCUGAAAGAAAGAGCCCAUGGAUUACUUGACCCACCUGCAGAGGCAAUAGUCGGAGUUGGUGCGGAAACUGAAAGAAAUAGGCGUACAGUUUAUUUGGAUACAGAUGCAGAUUCUAGCUACAGAAUGAGUCUCAGGCGGCAAGGCCCUGUAAUGUUAAGAACACGAGGCGGAUUGGCCCGCCGCAUUGCGGAGGCUGAGCCACCUGUGGCCGCUGGUCCUAGCGGAGAAAGUGAAAAUGGGCCGAAGAAGAGAGGAGAUGGGUGGGUGGAAGUUGAAUUGGGGGAGUUUUUCAAUGAGAAUGUGAAUGAUGAAGAACUGGUAGUGAGUGUUUUGGAGGUGAAACAAGGUAAUUGGAAAAGUGGUCUCGUUGUUGAGGGUAUAGAAAUUAGGCCUAAACAUAAGAUUUAGAUUAAACAGAGAGAUCAAGUGAAAAUUUUCUGUGUUCUAUUGGAAUUUUCUUAUUGUGCUAUGUUUGCGUGUGGGAAAUUGAGAAGUACUUAUGCAGCGAGUGAUAUAAAAUGCAUCAUCUUGUAAUUAUUCAUUGUGUUUUUAAUAUGUCUACGUUAAAUUUUUGCCAA